ACCUUUAUGUCCACUACCGUGGACAGCAGCUGGGCGCUCGUGUCCCGGCGUCGCGAGGAUGUGGAAACGGGAAAUGGCAAAUUUCACGUCGACCUUGUCGUCCGACUUUAUUUAUUCACGGCCUACACGCGCGACCUCGUGAAAUGCAUUUCGUGUAAGCCAAACCUCCUAGAUGCGAUAAGAGUGCAAUGCGUGCGCUGAUGGUGCAACCCACGAGGAUGCGUUGCUCUCGCUGGUUACCCUGAAGAUGACGUAUGAGCAUGAAACAUAACCGCUAAUGAAAUUACUUGUUGACCGAUGCGUCCAACAGUGAUCCAGCAAAAAUAUGCUUCUGAAGAACGUAUCAAUGACGGCGAGCUCGACCUUCUGUUAGAGGUCGGCAUAACUGACGAUGCUUCCGCAUCAUCGAGAAGACCCUCCAACGAGUGUCACGUACCGUCGGUCAUGGACCGUGACGAUUUCUGGGAAGUAACGAUCGUGCCGUCGCUCCAAUCGUCCCAAGCUACGUCUUCGAACGACACGUUGUGGCCCUCCGUGAGAGUUUUGAAUACCGAGCUCGAGACGAAACGCGGCUUGUGUUCCUCGACUGGCGGACGUAGGCGGCGGGAGGAGGGUAGGUCCACGUAUGAGAGGUUGAACCGCGAAGAUUCACGCGGUCCCUUUAAGUCGGGCAAACGGUCGACCUUCGCGCUGCACGGGAGUGAGCAAGAAUCAGACGGUCGAACGAACGAGAAGCUGGGUGACACGCCGAGUCCUGGAACGUUGAGGAACAACGGAUCACAGGCACCGUUCGUCGAGCUGGGGGCGGUCCGUAAGGUCCUCGAUUUUAUCGCAGGCUCAGAUCCCAAGGUCUCCUCGUUGUUGACUAAUAAUUACUGCAGCGAGAUCUCGAGAACACUGCGAUACUUCAUAGCGCUGCGUCGUGACAAGAAAUUGGACGAUCUUCUGUCGAAGGAUUCUUCCUUGCACAGAUGCGAGCGCUGCGGAGUGAUAAGCCGCCUGCUAAAAUCGUGCCACGGUGCUGGUGUUGCGACAGCUGAGCGCGAUUGUGUCGACGACUAUGAAAGUACGGGGAAAUUACAGAUUCCAACGAGCCAGCCGAGUGUAAACUAUAACGCGCGAUCAGGAAUGUCCGCUGAUGCUCCUGAGGGUCGAGCUGAGUGCAAAGACGGACCGAGCGAGCGAUUGGCAGUCCAAGGGCGGCGUUCUUUCGUAAUCAGGCGUCGCGCAGCAGGCCCAAAUGAUGCUAAUAAUAUUUCCAACGCGGAAGGCGACGCCAAGAUUAAAAAUACGUCUCAUCUGAAUAACGACGUCAUCAGGAGACUGUUCGUCAACUACGAAGCAGCAAACCGGGACGCCAGGCACGAAUUCGGUAACGCUGCAGGGGUCGAACGUGUGCAUCAUGAUGGAGUUUCGACGACGACGAAGACUAAUACCGACGUGGAGAAGGUCGUGAGGAACAUUUCGUACGAAAACAAAUGGCAAAUCGACAGUUUGCCGACGGCAGCAUUGCGCUGCAGGAACACGCGAAGGACCCAAUCUCUGCGGCGACUUCUCGACAUGGACGCCGAUAUUACUUCGGUUGCCGAUACCAUGAAGUAUUUGGCUCUCGGCCAAGUUGUGGCCCUGGACAAGGAACAGGAUGGUCUCCUUUCGGAAUUGCAAGGGACACGCUACACUCGUUUGGAAGAGCCGAGCAAGAGGCAGAGUUCCGUGCUGUACAGCAGUCGGGACGAUUAUCCGCGAUGCGAGCCGGGCUUCUGGUUGUUCGACGAGUCGGGACACUUGACGGAAACGGCUUGGGACGAGCAUCGUUGCCUACCGGUGGCGAGGCUGGACGAAAACAGCAACGACCCUCGUGCGUGCAACGUGGGAAGAAGGGAGCCGAAGAAAGCGGACAGCUGGAUCGAAUGCAUGGAAAAGGACUCCCUCGAAGACUGUGCUCCAUUAGGGCGACGAGAGGAGAGUGACAUUAUGACUUUCAGUUCGUCUUCAGCCGAGCAUUUGAUACACGAGUGGAUGGGAGCUUUAGAUGAGGAGGAGGACACAGACGGAGACAUCCAGCGAGGUCGCCCGUUAGUUUCAUCACGACCCUCCCUGAACAUCGCCCAACAUGUCAGAGCCGAAAUUGCACAGGCCAGACGUUCUGACAACGCGAAGGAAGCGAGGGACGAGCCAGGGGCGCGGGGCUCGAGCGUCCUUGCUCGAUUAUCCGCGAAGGAAGCGCGAAACGAGGUGUGUCACUCGAUCGCCGUUGAAGAUUCCGUACGCGCGUCCUGUCGCGCGAAGAAUUCAGCGACCGACACUGACGCAACGUUCACCACCGUUCCGUUUCCAUUCGCCCAUCCUGAUCAAUCGCUCAGGGCGAGCGACAAAAUAACGAAUGCUUGGCUGGGUGAUUGUAUUCCGACAAAAUUGUCCGAGUCACCGGAGGAUAAAAGUUGUUCAAUCGAAGAACCAGACGUCGUGCAGACGUCGCACGGCCAAAGCGAGUCGAAGGCCGGGCAGCCGGCAGCUGUUGUUUGUCCUGAUUCCUCCGGCAAAAUCGCGCGAUGUAUUAUUUACAAGAACGCGUCGCCUGGCAGUGCUGGCAAGGACGUCGGGCGCGCCGUGGCCGAAAUUUCGCCGGUUUAUCGCGACGUCCUGGAGAGCAGCGAGAGCAUGGACUGGGACGAUUUCCGGCGGUUGAUCGAACGUCUUCAUCCUGGCCAGAGGGAAUUGUGGAGUGACGUAUGUAAGGCGGUGGACGAGGAGGCGGAGAGGGUGGCCGGCGACGCGAACGGUAGCGUGGAAGUUUGUAUAGAGAUCAGCCCGGUAGUCCUCGACGGGAACUUGAAGACGAAUAAACCAAUGGCAUGCGCCCGCGAAGUCGCGUUCGAGUUGGAUAUGUCGCUGAAGGACGCGGAGAGCUUCCUCGGCGAGAGGCCGCGUCUCGUCGAGGAGCGUCUUGACAUACAUAAGGAUGCCGACGAAGGCGUGACGGAUCGGAACGGCCUUGGGAGGAAAGCGACUCCCGAAUAAACGCUCUAAUUAAUCGCGAGGCCUGCUCGCGUACUUCGCUCGCGUGCCAACCAAACAAGCGCCAAACGAAAAUUCGAUGACGAGGAAUAAUGCCUCUGCUCCUGCGAGCGGAAACAGGAUCAUUCAGCUGCAUUGACACUCGGUCGAGACAACCGAGAGGCAGCGAGAGCCGAGAAUAGAAACCCUCCCACAGGAAUUGUGGGUUCCUUUUCGUUUCUACCAGCAAGUUUAAUUCGCAACUGGUCCCUAACCUUCUCGUACGGCGGAAAAUUCGGUUAUACCGACAGAGUUGCUUUUCCCCCCUCGCCGCACGAUCGUUGAAUCUUUCACGCCGUGAAAGCGUUAGCUCGUUACCUCGCCCAUCCAGCGGGAAGUGUAUC